AUGGGCGGAAAAAACUUAGCCUGGCUUUGCUGGGUAUUCAUGCUUGGGAUCCUACGUGACGUGAAUUCUUCGAUCGUUCCAAACACUGGCAAUCUUGGAGCAGUAGCGAGUGAAAGCAAGACAUGUAGUGAUAUAGGAGCGCAACUCAUCAAGCGAGGUGGUAACGCCGCAGAUGCUAUGGUUGGCACUAGUCUUUGUGUUGGAGUCAUUGGAAUGUAUCAUAGUGGCAUAGGCGGAGGUGGUUUUAUGCUUGUGCGUAGCCAAGAUGGAGAAUUCGAAACCAUAGGUCAGGUUCAAGAGAGAGAGACAGCUCCGGCUGCUGCAUAUCGAGACAUGUUUAAAAGGGAACCCAGAGAAGCGGUUGUUGGUGGAAAUGCCGUUGCUGUUCCAGGUGAUCUUAGAGGGCUUGAAUAUCUUCACAAGAAAUAUGGGCAACUACCUUGGCAAGCUGUUUGCAAUCCUGCUGUACAUGUCGCCAGAUAUGGAUUUCCUGUGACGGAGGAUACGGUUUACUAUAUGAAAGCUGUUUACAAUCAAGUUGGAUGGAACUUCCUCCAAGAUGAUCCAAAUUGGGCUACGGAUUUCGCUCCGAACGGCACACUCCUCAAAGUGGGUGAUACGAUGACAAGGAAAAGAUUCGCCAACACGCUGGAGAAGAUUGCUAACAAGGGAGCAUCGGCAUUCUACGAAGGAGAAAUUGCAGAGGCAACCAUCGCAGCCAUAAAGUCCACAAACGGAAUUAUGACCCUGGCCGAUCUACAAAAUUACGAAGUAAAAAUUCGUAAUCCAAUCAAUAUCACUUAUCGAGGCUAUACUCUCCACUCAACUGGUACUCCUUCCGGUGGUUCCAUAGCUCUGAGCAUUCUCAAGACCAUUGAAGGAUACGACAUGUACACGGCAUCCGAUUUACUUUUGAACACACAUAGACUCGAUGAAUCCAUGCGCUUUUCAUAUGCCGCGCAUUCGGAGCUGGGAGACCCAUCAAUUUUUGCCGAGAUGGAUAGAUUAGAAGAAAGUAUCAUUUCACCUGAGACAGCAAGUGCAAAUAGACGGAAGAUUUUAGACGAUAAGACACAAGAUGUGGGAAGGUAUAAUCCGGAAAUGUGGGAUAUUAAGAAUAAUCAUGGGACGUCGCAUAUGGUCGCUACGGAUGCUUCUGGUCUUUCAAUUACAUCAACCUCUACCAUCAAUCUACUUUUCGGUUCCGCUGUCAUGGUUCCUGAGACUGGGGUAAUCCUCAACAACGAAAUGGACGAUUUCUCCAUCCCUGGCGUCCCCAACUCUUUCGGUUUCGUUCCUUCCCCUAUGAACUAUGUUCGUCCUGGUGCUCGUCCUAUGAGUUCCAUCUCUCCCAUCCACAUCUCUCACCCCAACGGCUCCCACUUCCUCUCCAUCGGCGCAGCUGGCGGAUCGCGGAUCCCUACCUCCACCAUCCAAACCAUCAUCAACAUAAUCGACCACGGUAUGUCCCUCGAAGAAGCAUUAAAGCAACCUAGAAUGCACGAUCAACUACUACCAGAAAGAACAACCGUAGAACCAGGAUAUAGCGAAGAACUACAGGAAGGAUUAAGGGAAAGAGGACACAAAGUUACGUGGUCAAGUGGAAGAGAGAGUGCGGUACAGGGCGUUAGAGUUUGGGGCGAUUUAUCGAUAGAUGACGGGUUAGAGACUGGAGGAUGGUUGGAGGCGGUAGGAGAACCAAGACAAAAGGGAAGUGGUGGGUCUGGGUUUUGA